AUGGUCGCAACAACGCUCGGGUAACAACGAAACUUUAAGCAUUGGUAUCUAUAAUAGAUAAAUACUAUUAGACAAAAUAGAUAUUACAGCGCGAAUCCGAAGACGACGACGAUUGGGCUGACAGCCCCGACAAACCGGACAAUAUGUCGAGAUGGGCUGGGCAACCGUCCAUAAAGGGCAGCACCGAAGCCGUGCGUAUGGCUCUGCUAACCCUCAACACCAUCGGCAUAACGUUCGUCUGGGGAGUAGAGCAGACCUACUGUACUCCCUACCUCCUUUCCCUCGGCUUGACGAAGAGUAAAACUUCCUUGGUGUGGAUCGCCGGUCCGCUUUCGGGUCUUAUUGUCCAGCCCAUCGUCGGCGCAUUGGCAGACGAAUCGACGUCGAAAUGGGGGCGGCGCAGGCCUUUCAUCGUUCUCGGCUCCAUAUUAUCGGCUUUCUGCCUUCUCACGUUGGGCUUCACAAAAGAGAUAGUAGAAUUCUUCGUACCCGAUCACCCUGCAACACAAACUGUUACGAUAUCUACGGCUGUCUUGGCUAUAUACGCGGUUGACUUCUCCAUCAAUGCCGUAAUGUCCGCGGCAAGGAGCUUAGUCGUUGAUACGCUUCCAAUCGAGAAGCAACAGACAGGAUCCGCAUGGGGUAGCAGAAUGUCAGCCAUUGGCCAUGGAAUUGCUUAUGCGACCGGUGCUAUUGACUUGCCGUCGAUUCUUGGGACAUCCUUAGGCGAGACUCAAUUCAAGCAAUUGACCGUCAUUGCCGCUUUGGGGCUUGUUUUCACCUGCGGAGUCACCUCUUGGGCAGUCACAGAGAGGAUCUUGAUCGCCCCGAGACAUGACCCUCGCAAGGAAGAUGGAGGGUUUAAGGUUGUCAGCCAAAUAUGGUCGACUAUAGUACAUCUCCCGCCUCGCAUACGAGCAAUCUGCAUGGCGCAGUUUUGGGCAUGGAUCGGAUGGUUCCCCUUUCUCUUCUACAGCACGACAUGGAUAGGGGAGACGUACUUCCGCUACGAUGUCGUUCGUGAAGCAAAAGAUUCGGGGGAUGCGUUAGGCGAGAUUGGUAGAGUUGGAAGCGAAGCUUUCAUUAUUUACUCGGUUAUUACCUUUCUAGGAUCGUGGAUCUUGCCCAUGGUCAUUAAAUCUCCGGAUGACGAGAGUUAUACGCAACGUCCUCCAGAGGCACUCAGGGGCGUCGUUGAGAACCUCAAUAAGUAUAAGCCAGAACUUCUGACAGCGUGGAUGUGGGGCCACGCAACUUUUGCCGGUGCUAUGAUGUUCGCUCCAUUUGCGAAGAGCUUCAGAUUUGCGACCUUCCUUGUUUGCCUAUGUGGAUUGCCUUGGAACAUAGCGUCGUGGGCACCUUCUGCUUUCCUUGGGGUUGAGGUUAACAAGCUAAGCGGUGCAACUGGACCCAACGCUUCAUAUCGUCGCCUAUCACAUCCCUCGCCUAUAGAGAUGGAGGAACUCAACGGAUCCAUCUUAGACCCGGAUGAUUCACGGAGCGGUUCUAAGUCAAAUCCGACAGGCCAAUUGUCCGGCGUUUAUUUCGGCAUUCUGAACAUUUAUACGACGAUACCCCAGUUCAUCGGCACAAUCCUCAGCACCGUUAUCUUCAGCAUUCUCGAGCCAGGCAAAAGUCCCGAAUUGGCACAUAACGCACAUCCAAAUGAACACCACGGAACCGACGGGCCUAACGCGAUUUCCGUAUGUCUGUUCAUCGGGGCUUGCAGCGCGGUCAUGGCCAUAUUCGCGACCCGGAAGUUGAAAUAUUUGUGAGGCUCGCUUGUAUUAGACUUGUAUGGUAUGGAUAGGUGGGUAGCAUUACGGGGCAAAAUUACUUCUAUUAUGACUUUGUAAUGGCUCUGGGGGUGUGUUAUAAAACGGGCUUGGUGGAUAAAGGCGUUCAGGGGGUUGGUUUAGGGGUAUGGUCGUCAGCCUAGAAUUGAUUUGAAUUUCAUUGUGUUAUCCAUGGAUGACAAAAUUCGUUGCGAGACAAGAGUGCUAAUGAUGAAAAUUCAACUGUAUUAAAGGUAAGACCGACUGAAUCGAGGCCAGAUUCUUUGAAAAGGGGCAAUGCUCGCUAUCCCUAUUACUUGGAUAGAGUUCAAGGAUUCCUGGUAAAAUAUCUUGAUUAGAUAACGACCCCACUAUAAUUUAUAUCACAGUUCACACAUUUCCC